AUGUCCUCUCCACCACUCUCGACAUUUGAUCGUUUCCUUGAAUGGUUUAUGUAUCGCUUUCGAUGGAUUUUCGUCAUCCCAAUCCUACUCCCAAUGUCUUUCACUUUCAAUCUAUACUAUGCGAUUCGAAAUUGGCUAAUCUUCAACAUCCAAUCCGCCCCAAAAGCUCACGAUCGAAAAGUGGGAUUGAUACAGAAACAGGUCCGUGACUGGGCUACUGGUGAUCGAAAAGCAAAAAUGUGCACGGCAAGGCCUGGAUGGUUGACAAUGUCGUUCAGAUUCCCCGCCUACAAAGCCAAGAUGACACAGAUCAGAACGGAUCGAUUGAUCGAUAUUUUGGAGGUUGACACGACAAAUCACUUGAUUCGAGUGGAACCGAUGGUGACAAUGGGACAAAUUACGAGGACGUUGAUUCCAUUGGGUUACACAUUGCCUAUUGUGCCUGAGCUGGACGAUUUGACUGUUGGAGGAAUGAUCAAUGGUUGCGGAGUCGAGUCUUCCGGGAAGCGUUACGGUCUUUUUCAGCACAUUUGUCAUUCCUAUGAGUUGGUGAUAGCUGAUGGGAGUCUUGUCGUUGCGUCGAAGGAGAAAAAGGACGGUGGAAGCGCUGAAUCGCAAGCACUUUUCUAUGGUGUUCCAUGGAGUCACGGGACGUUGGGCUUCCUCGUUGCUGCCACAUUACGGAUUAUCCCGUGUAAACCCUAUGUGAAAUUGACAUACAUACCGACGAGAACAGUCAAGGAAACCCAAAAUACUCUGAUAAAAGAGUGCAACGAUCGAGAAAACGAAUUUGUUGAGGGUUUACUUUUCUCGAAGAUCAAAGGAUUGGUCAUGAGGGGAGAAUUUUGUGAUAAACCCCCACGAAAUGGCCGCCAAAAUGAGAUCGGUAAAUGGCAUAAACCCUGGUUCUACACACAUGCUGAGAAAUUAGCUGAAAGAGAAGAGGAAUCAGUGGAAUACAUCCCGUUACGUCACUACUAUCAUCGACAUUCGCGAUCGAUCUUUUGGGAAAUCAAAGAAAUCGUCCCAUUUGGCAACAAUCUCCUCUUUCGGUGGACUCUCGGAUGGUUGUGUCCACCGAAAAUCUCACUCUUGAAAGUGACAACACCACCUGCUUUACGGCGACUUUACGAGCGAAAUCAUGUUAUUCAAGACAUGCUUGUGCCUCUGGAAACCCUUCAGGAAUCGGUUGAUGUUUUUGAGAAAGAGAUCAAUAUCUAUCCCCUCUGGCUAUGCCCAUUCACCCUGCCAUCAACUCCAGGAAUGCUAAGGCAAAGAUCUGGAAAGAAUCUCCUUUACAUUGACAUUGGAGCAUAUGGAAUCACAAUGAAUAAGACUUACGAACCCCGUGAAUCAACUCGUCGCCUUGAAGAGUUCGUUCGGAAAGUGAAUGGGGUUCAAAUGCUUUACGCUGACACGUACAUGAGCCGUGCCGAGUUCUGGGAGAUGUUCGACUCAUCACUCUAUGAAUGGUUAAGGGUCAAGUUUGGUUGCAAAGAGGCUUUUCCGGAUGUCUAUGAUAAAGUGUGCAAAGAGGCCAGAUAU